CGCCGGAGCCCUGCCCGAGCUGGCAGCCCGCGGGCCGGGCGGGCGGCGGGGCCAUGCCGGUGAUGAAGGGGUUGCUGGCCCCGCAGAACACGUUCCUGGACACCAUCGCCACGCGCUUCGAUGGCAGCCACAGCAACUUCAUCCUGGCCAACGCUCAGGUUCACCGCGGCUUCCCUAUCGUCUACUGCUCUGACGGCUUCUGCGACCUCACCGGCUUCGCCCGCACCGAGGUAAUGCAGAAGAACUGCAGCUGCCGCUUCCUGUACGGGGCCGAGACCAGCGAGUCCGUCCUGCAGUGCAUCGAGAAGGUGCUGGAUGGGAGGCAGGAGUACCAGACUGAGGUCUGCUUCUACAAGAAGGGCGGAGCCUCCUUCUGGUGCCUGCUGGACAUCGUGCCCAUCAAGAACGAGAAGGGGGAGGUGGUUCUCUUCCUCGUCUCCUUCAAGGACAUCACGGAGAGCCGGGGCAAGAGCCACCCGGGCGACAGGCGAGAUGAGAAGCACCGGAGCAAGAAGGCGGGCAGCUCCCACCUGCGGGCGGCGCGCAGGCAGGGCCGGACGGUGCUGCACCAGCUCACCCGCCAGUUCACCGGCAAGGAGCGGGGCGAGAUGAAGAUCAACAGCAGCGUGUUUGGGAGCAAGCCGUCCCUUCCCGAGUACAAAGUGGCCUCGGUGCAGAAAUCCCGCUUCAUCUUGCUGCACUACAGCGUCUUCAAGGCCCUGUGGGACUGGCUCAUCCUGCUGGCCACCUUCUACGUGGCUGUCACCGUCCCCUACAACGUCUGCUUCACCGGCACCGAGGACAGUCUGACUGCCGCCCGCAGCACCAUCGUCAGCGACAUCGCCGUGGAGAUGCUCUUCAUCCUGGACAUCGUCCUGAACUUCCGCACCACCUACGUCAGCCAGUCGGGGCAGGUGGUGUACGACCCCCGCUCCAUCUGCAUCCACUACGUGGCCACCUGGUUCUUCGUGGACCUGAUCGCGGCCUUGCCCUUCGACCUCCUCUACGCGUUCAAUGUGACCGUGACCUCGCUGGUGCACCUGCUGAAGACCGUGCGUCUCCUGAGGCUGCUGCGCCUGCUGCAGAAGCUGGAUCGCUACUCCCAGUACAGCGCAAUGGUGCUCACCCUGCUCAUGUCCAUGUUCGCCCUGCUCGCCCACUGGCUGGCCUGCAUCUGGUACGUGAUCGGCCGGAAGGAGAUGGAAAGUAACGACCCUCUGACCUGGGACAUCGGCUGGCUCCACGAGCUGGGCAAGAGGCUGGAGGCGCCCUACAUCAACAGCUCCCUGGGCGGCCCGUCCGUCCGCAGCACCUACAUUGCUUCCCUCUACUUCACCCUCAGCAGCCUCACCAGCGUGGGCUUCGGCAACGUCUGCGCCAACACCGACGCCGAGAAGAUCUUCUCCAUCUGCACCAUGCUGAUCGGGGCCCUGAUGCACGCCGUGGUGUUCGGCAACGUCACGGCCAUAAUCCAGCGCAUGUACUCCCGCCGUUCCCUCUACCACACCCGCAUGAAGGACCUCAAGGACUUCAUCCGCGUGCACCGCCUCCCGCAGCAGCUCAAGCAGAGGAUGCUGGAGUACUUCCAGACCACCUGGUCGGUGAACAACGGCAUCGACGCCAACGAGCUGCUGCGCGACUUCCCCGACGAGCUGCGGGCUGACAUCGCCAUGCACCUCAACAAAGACAUCCUGCAGCUGCCGCUCUUCGAGACGGCCAGCCGGGGCUGCCUGCGUGCCCUCUCCCUGCACAUCAAGACCUCCUUCUGCGCCCCCGGCGAGUACCUGCUGCGCCAGGGCGACGCCCUGCAGGCCCACUACUUCGUCUGCUCCGGCUCCCUCGAGGUCCUGAAGGACAACAUGGUGCUGGCCAUCCUGGGCAAAGGGGACCUGAUCGGGGCCGACCUGCCCAGCAAGGACCAGGUGAUCAAAACCAACGCGGACGUCAAGGCGCUGACCUACUGCGACCUGCAGUACAUCCCCCUGCGCGGCCUGGUGGAGGUGCUGGAGCUGUACCCCGAGUACUCCAGCAAGUUCAUGGCCGACAUCCACCAGGACCUCACCUUCAACCUGCGGGAAGGCAGCGAGAUCGAGGGGCUCCUGCGAUUUCCCAGAUCCCCUCGGUUAUCCCAGCCUCGCCCCGCCAGCGGCGCCAGCCCCGAGAAGCCCCUCCACUCCAUCCUGGAGGACGACGACGUCUUCCACCCUUCGCCCGCCAGCCUGAGCCACCGCAAGCUGCUGCUGCCCACCCUGCACAGCCCCGCGCGGCGUGGCUCCCUCAGCAGCCUGCUGGGGGACGAGCUGUGCCAGCUCUCAGCUCUGCGCCGCACCUGUCGCUCCCCCGCCCGCUGCAGCCGGGGCAGGAGUCCCUCUCCGCGGUGUCUGAGAGACGGCGAGAGCCGCAACGGCCGCAAGCCAGCCAAGCUCCUGAUCCCCUCCCUGCACACCUCCGGCCCCCCGGACCUGAGCCCCAGGUAGGGACGGGCAGCGCCAUGUUCUUGGCACCCCGCAGCUGUGUGGCAAGCCACCAAAGUGGCGUGUGAAGGUUUGCACGCAUGCCUCGGCUGCACACAUCUGAGUGCAUCGCCAUGUGCUCGCACGCCUGCGCACGUUGGCAGGGGUGAACUCAUUAGCAUGCGUGUGUGCACAUGUUGGAAAGACAGCAGCUCUCGGCAUGCCCGGAGCAUGCGUGGCCACAUUCACAUGCCUGCACGGCUCUCACCAGUUCUUCUCCAGGUAAUUGGCCAUCUGCAGCGCUGGCUGGCCCCAGCGUGUGUCGCACUCACAGUGGGUUCGGGUGCCUUUUGCCUGUGUGAUGUAGGCCCCGGUGUUUGAAAACGUGCAUCUCCCACCCCAGUGGCUUAGGGGGAUUCCAGCUCCUCGGGCUGGAAGCUCCUGGCGUGCAAGCCCAAGAGGCUGAAUACUCCAGUUAUCGCCCACAGCCGCAAGGCAAACAUCCCACACGCCUGCCUGGCCAUGCCAUGCGCCCACACCCCUCCCCUUGAGCCGGCUCCGCCUGCCCUAGAGAUGAGUGGCUCAGUCUCCCCUCCCCACCCAGCCCUGGCCUCUCUGCUGGUGCUGCCAGCAUGGGGGGUGGGCGGUUAAUGCCACGGGGUAGGGAUGGGAUCGGCCCAUGGAGUUAUCUGCCUGGAUCAGGGCUGAGACCCACUCGCUCAUUUCACCCCAGGCACCUGGUGGCAACAGCUGCCAUCCUCCGCUCAGCUGACCACGCUGAAAUCAUUGGGAGUUGCCCCAUAUGGGCCAGCGAGCCCGGGGCUCAGUCCCCCUGGGCCGCCCAGACCCCAUUCCCCAGUCGGGUUCUGCCUGCCAGUGCUUGAAUUUCCACCCGGGCCCCAGAGGCUUUAGGGAGGCAAAGGGGCUGGUUAGCGAUGCCCAGCGGUGCUGCACCAGCCGAUCAUGUCGGUAGGAUUAACACACACACACCCCCCUCUUAGGGUCGUUGAUGGGAUCGAGGAUGAUGGCGGGACGUCGGAGAUGCAAACCUUCCAUUUCAACGUGGAGCCGCCUCGGCAGAGCUUGGUCGUAGACUCGCCGACGUCCGGGACGGAUGAGGCCAACCCAGCCUUAGGCGCAGCAGCAGAGG